GCUUUGUCGUUUAUCUCCGGAGCUAGUUGUUGCUCGUCUGAGGUCUGAACGAUGAUUGACAAUAAUGGCGACGCGUUUAUUCUGAGUUGACUCCAGGGAACCAGUCUCUGGCUGACAAAGGGAGCACCUCGGAUGAAUUUUCAGCCCCACAGAAAACAACAAACAGGACACGCCGCCACCGAGAAGGACCACAUUUACCUCGGCGAUAAGGACUUGCUAGCCAGGAGAGGCUUAUCUCGCUAGCAUUGCGAUAGCUAGCAACUCGGCUCGCUAGCUUGCUAAGUUGAAGAGGUGGCAUUCUUGUGUCUGGAGUGGAGGAGAGAGCCAGCUUGCUGACUACUGAGAUCUUGCUAAGCUAGCAAUGUGGAUACUUAAUAGGCUUUUAGGGUAAUUGGUGUCUUAUUCUCGGAGGAAACGCUGAUGAGACACUGUCUUGCAGUUGACGUUAGCUUGUGGGAAUAGUUUUUCCAAGAGGGUCCAAAGAGCCUCCUUAGGUAGCUAACUUAGCUAGCGGGCUAGCUUUGUGGAUCGUUCCUGUCUCUUUUCCUGUUGGGACUUGCUUGCACUUGGGUUUGGAAACUGUCCAUCAGCGCACCGAUAGCUGUCUAGCCAAGACUGCUGUCGUGCUAACCAACUCACUAACUUAACUCAUUUCUGUGGCAUUGCGAGAUCCUCUUCGUAAAUGACCACCGGCAGGAAUAACCGGGCGAUGAUGGAAGGAGUGGGAGCGAGAGUGGUUCGCGGACCCGACUGGAAGUGGGGGAAGCAGGAUGGUGGAGAAGGACAUGUUGGCACCGUCAGGAGUUUUGAAAGUCCAGAGGAGGUGGUGGUUGUCUGGGAUAAUGGGACGGCUGCGAACUACCGUUGCUCUGGAGCUUACGACGUGAGGAUAUUAGACAGUGCUCCAACAGGCAUCAAGCAUGAUGGAACCAUGUGUGACACCUGCCGUCAACAGCCCAUCAUUGGCAUUCGCUGGAAAUGUGCUGAGUGCACCAAUUACGACCUCUGCACAACCUGUUACCAUGGAGACAAGCAUCACCUGAGACACCGGUUCUACAGGAUCACCACCCCAGGCAGUGAGAGAGUACUUUUGGAAUCGCGCCGCAAGUCAAAGAAAAUCACAGCCAGAGGGAUCUUCACUGGUGGCCGGGUGGUGAGAGGAGUGGACUGGCAGUGGGAAGACCAAGAUGGAGGCAACGGAAGGAGAGGAAAGGUGACAGAGAUCCAGGACUGGAGCGCAGCCAGCCCUCACAGUGCUGCCUACGUACUGUGGGACAAUGGGGCCAAGAACCUGUACAGAGUUGGCUUUGAGGGAAUGUCGGAUCUGAAAUGUGUCCAGGAUGCCAAAGGAGGCUCUUUUUACAGAGACCACUGUCCCGUUUUAGGUGAGCAGAAUGGCAACAGAAAUCCUGGUGGGCUCCAGAUUGGAGACCUGGUCAACAUUGACUUAGACCUAGAGAUUGUUCAGUCCCUCCAACAUGGCCACGGUGGGUGGACUGAUGGCAUGUUUGAGACGCUCACCACCACUGGGACAGUAUGCGGCAUCGAUGAAGAUCACGAUAUUGUUGUUCAGUACCCCAGUGGGAACAGAUGGACAUUCAACCCAGCAGUGCUGACAAAGGCCAAUGUUGUGCGCAGCGGUGAAGUAGCAGCUGGGGCAGAGGGAGGCAGUUCCCAGUUCCUAGUGGGAGACCUGGUCCAGAUUUGCUAUGACAUCGACCGCAUCAAGCUGCUACAAAGAGGACAUGGAGAGUGGGCUGAGGCGAUGCUGCCUACCCUAGGCAAGGUGGGCCGUGUGCAGCAGAUCUACUCUGACAGUGACCUAAAGGUCGAGGUUUGUGGAACUUCUUGGACGUACAAUCCUGCCGCUGUCACCAAGAUUGCCCCCUCUGGCUCUGCUGUCAGCAAUGCCUCUGGAGAGCGUCUGUCUCAGCUGCUGAAGAAACUAUUUGAGACACAAGAGUCGGGAGACAUCAACGAGGAGCUGGUCAAGGCAGCAGCCAAUGGAGACCUGGCCAAGGUGGAGGACAUCCUCAAGAGACCUGAUGUGGAUGUGAAUGGGCAGUGUGCUGGACACACUGCUAUGCAGGCAGCCAGUCAGAAUGGUCAUGUGGAUGUCCUAAAGUUGCUGCUUAAACACAACGUGGACCUGGAAGCGGAGGACAAAGAUGGAGACCGGGCAGUGCACCACGCAGCCUUUGGUGAUGAGGGCUCUGUCAUUGAGGUGCUGCAGAGGGGCGGUGCUGACUUGAACGCCAGGAACAAGAGAAGGCAGACUCCAUUACACAUAGCUGUCAACAAGGGUCACCUGCAGGUGGUCAAAACCCUGCUGGACUUUGGCUGUCACCCCAGCCUCCAGGAUUCAGAGGGGGACACACCCCUGCACGAUGCCAUAAGCAAGAAGAGAGAUGACAUGCUGUCAGUGCUGCUGGAGGCUGGUGCUGAUGUCACCAUCACCAACAAUAACGGGUUCAAUGCCUUGCAUCAUGCUGCCCUGCGAGGAAACCCCAGUGCCAUGCGUGUGCUGCUAUCCAAACUACCCAGGCCUUGGAUCGUAGACGAGAAAAAGGACGAUGGUUACACCGCACUGCACCUGGCUGCCCUCAACAACCAUGUGGAGGUGGCUGAGCUGUUGGUGCAUCAGGGCAGUGCCAGCUUAGACAUCCAGAACGUCAACCAGCAGACGGCAUUACAUCUGGCAGUGGAGCGUCAACACACCCAGAUAGUCCGGCUCCUGGUGCGGGCAGAGGCCAAGCUUGAUGUGCAGGACAAGGACGGGGACACACCACUUCACGAGGCACUGCGUCACCACACACUGUCCCAAUUGCGACAACUCCAAGAUAUGCAGGACGUCAGCAAAGUGGAGCCCUGGGAACCCUCCAAGAACACAUUAAUCAUGGGCUUGGGCACCCAGGGGGCAGAAAAGAAGAGUGCUGCAUCCAUUGCCUGUUUCCUUGCUGCUAACGGAGCAGACUUGACCAUUCGUAACAAGAAGGGCCAGUCCCCUCUGGACCUGUGUCCUGACCCCAGCCUCUGCAAGGCUCUGGCUAAAUGCCACAAAGAGAAGAGCAGCGGCCAGGUGGGCACCCGCAGCCCGUCUCAGAACAGCAACAUUGAGUCACUGGAGGAGUGUAUGGUGUGCUCAGACAUGAAAAGAGACACUCUGUUCGGGCCCUGUGGACACAUCGCCACCUGCUCUCUCUGCUCGCCUCGCGUCAAGAAGUGUCUCAUCUGCAAGGAUCAGGUCCAGUCGAGAACCAAGGUAUCAGAAGGACUACUGUCCUACCAACAAGAAAAGAUCGAGGAGUGCGUAGUCUGCUCUGACAAAAAGGCAGCUGUGUUGUUCCAGCCCUGUGGUCACAUGUGCGCUUGUGAGAACUGUGCCAGCCUCAUGAAGAAGUGCGUACAGUGCCGGGCUGUGGUCGAACGCCGCACCCCCUUUGUUCUUUGCUGUGGAGGGAAAGGUAUGGAGGAUGAUGCCGCUGAUGAUGAUGAUGAUGAUGAUGAUGAUGAUGAUGAUGAUGACCUUACAGGGAGCUCUAACACUAUGGCAGGGGGAUCGCAGGAUCUUCUCCAGCCCAACAAUCUGGCACUAAGUUGGUCCAGCGGAAACAUCCCAGCCUUGCAGAGAGACAAGGACAACACUAACGUCAACGCUGACGUACAGAAGCUACAGCAACAACUCCAGGACAUCAAGGAACAGACAAUGUGUCCGGUGUGUCUGGACCGGCUGAAGAACAUGAUCUUCAUGUGUGGCCAUGGCACCUGCCAGCUGUGUGGAGACCGAAUGAGCGAGUGCCCCAUCUGCCGCAAGGCCAUCGAGCGCCGCAUCCUCCUCUACUAGACGCCCCCCUACAGACUCUUUCUCCCUUUCUUCUCUUAAAGCCCACACUGACCACGCCCGCAUAGCCACAAUCACACCAGCUGCUGCUGCACCCGAGUUAGCCAGCCAAGGGCGUUCUCUAAUGUCUUACUCGACACAACAAAUGCUCUUUUUAAUGGUUUGAUUGUGUUCAGAUGGAAUUUCUGUUACAAAACAAGGAAAAGAUAUGAACUGACUUUUAUCAGUUUUGCUGUUCUCUCAUCAUGUGUCCUAACUGCAGCCAGAAAGACGCUCACAUUACGGGGCGUCGCCUUUUUCUCAUUUUUCUCUCUACCUUUCUUUUCCCACCAUCCCCUUCUCAUUCUCCUUUCUGUGUCAUUUUCUCAGUUUUUACUUGAUAUGUGAAACCUUUUAUGUCUCAUUUGAGUCUAUGGUGGCUUCUUUAGACUCAUACUCUUACUUUAGGGCCUAAGUCCCAUUUCUGGAUUUCAUCCUAGAACAGCUCUGGACAUCAGAGGAGGUGACGCAGAGGUCGGCCAGUUACCUCUUGAUGUAAAGUUUUCAUGCAUCUGUUGCAGUCAAUGCCAGCUGCAGUCAGGUUUUAUUGUAUUUGUAAAUCUUUAUGCACGUGUAUUGGUAUCGGAAGCUCCAGAUGUGGAUUUUAAGUACUUCAUCUUUCACGACAGUAUGGCUAAGUUUGUGACACAUUGCUGUUUGCACCACUUAAAGUUUCGGUGAGUGUUUUAGCUUCAUGUCUGUGUUCAGUUUGGCUGUUGUGACACGCUGUAUGCCGACUGUCCUUGCAGUUGAAGACCAGAUGUUGGCAGUUUUGCACUAGAAAAGCUGAGUCAGGGAAGAAGCUCUUUUCUGCACUGACUUUGGAGGUUAACUUCAGCUCAGAAAUAAAAACACAAAGAGUUGUAGUAACUGCCAGGUAGCACACCAUACCCGUACUUUGUUUCCAAGCUGUACCGAGAAUGACGGUAGAUGUCACAAACACCAUUUUUGGCUGCGAAUUCCAGAGCCAUUGUGUAAGGGAUUUAAGAAUUCAAGACAAACACACAAAAACUCAUGCUUCUGUCCAGUGAUCAGCCCCUUGAAGUACCUGUUUGUUGUACACACAAACCCACACGAUGCAAACAUUUCUGUAACAAGUGUAUCUUGUCACAACUUGAUGUUAAACUGUUGAGACUUGGUGGUAUUUGUCUGACAAAAAAAAAAAGUACAAUUCAAUGAGCAUUGCUAAUUUACCAUUGAUGACUGUGCCAUUUGCUUCCAAAAAUCUACUUGUUAAAUAACUUGUAUGGGGAUAAGGUGCUCUUUAUCUUGUAUUACUUUUUUAUUUAAGUGUAUUUCCUUUUCUCAAAAUCAACAUUUAUUGAGCUAGAGAGUACAAUCUAUUAGAGCACUAAGAUGAAAAUGUAGAAUAAAUUAUUUUGUAUUGCUGCCCAAAAAUAGGAUUUGUAGGUAUCACUGCCUUCCUAAUAUGUAGCCUCAAAAUCUCUCAAACAUUCUGCUUUGAUAUUAAUGUUGAGAUACGUUCGUGAUGUUUUUUUAUUUGCUUUUCGUUGGCAAAAGCUUUCUAGCAAUCAUCAGUAGAAGCAUUUUUCUCUGAAAUAGGUCUCUGUACGCCUAACUUGUUCAUUUGUGAAACAGAAAAAAAGACAUUUUGUUGUCAAAAGUGUCAAGUAUCUUUUCACCAGUGUUUUAUUUGGGAGGAAAGCUAAUGGUUUUUUUAAAGACAGAACUUGCCUUACCUCUUUUAAAAGGCAGUUGCCCAAGUGGAGACUCAGCAAGGUGGCUCGCUUGCUCCGCUAUGUGGGAAUUUGCAACCGCAUACAAGCAUUUUUUUAUUUUUUUUUCCUUUUCGUUUUAUGACUGAAAGCAAACUUUGUUGAGUACAGUUUUGUUUCUUUUCAUUGAUCAUGAUAACACUUUAAGCUAGAAGCACUAAUACGCUUUAUGGUAGUGUUGUCUUGUUAUGGUUGUUCUGAAAAAGCCGAUUUUAUACUUUUAUUUUCAAUACCUGUAACUGUCCUGUUGGAAAUGUAUCAGUAGUAUUUUCUUUGGCAUGAAUGUUUGACAUAUGCAGUACGACAUGUAUCAUGGAAACCGUUCAGUCUGUAUUGCUAUUAAGUGCUUUUAAAACAACCAUAUAGCUGAAAUAAAGUUCUAAAUGAACCAUGGGACAUUAGAAGUUUGUUUUUCUAACAUCUUCUACUGAAUUGUUCAUUAA